UUUUCACGGAGAUCCUGCGGCCGGAGAGGCAUACACGAAAUACCAAUAACCUCCUACUCAAGUCAUUUCGUUGAACCCCAUAUAUCCGCCACCGCGCAUUAAACCACCAUGUCUGAACGCAAAGUGCUCACCAAGUACUAUCCCCCAGACUUCGACCCAAGUCAAAUUACUCGGCAGAAGAAGCCGAAAAAUGCCGGCCCGAAGCUCCAAACCGUUCGUCUGAUGGCGCCGUUCUCUAUGCGCUGUGACAGCUGCGGCGAAUACAUCUACAAAGGCCGCAAAUUCAACGCGCGUAAAGAAACCACCGAAGAAAAAUACUACUCGAUCCCCAUCUACCGCUUCUACAUCCGCUGCACAGGCUGCUCCACCGAGAUUUCCUUCCGAACAGACCCCAAACACAUGGACUACGAGUGCGAAAAAGGCGCAAAACGCAACUUCGAGCCCUGGCGCCAGGCGAAGCUAGAUGAAGAGACGGAGGAGGAGCGGCUGGAUCGGCUGGAGCGCGAGGAAGCCCAGCGCGACGUCAUGGCUGAUUUGGAGCAGAAGGCGGCAGAUGCAAAGACCGAAAUGGCUGUUGCUGAUGCGUUGGAUGAGAUCCGAGUGCGUAAUGCGCGCUUGGAGCGCGCGCAGCAGACGGGAAUUGAGGAGGGGCCGCUGCCUGCUGAUACGGCGGCUGAUGCGCGGACUGCGCAGGAGUUGGAGGAUGAGGAGGCUGCUAAGAGGGCAUUUACGACUGCUGAGGGGGAUCGCGUGCGCAGGAUACAGGAGGAUGAGGUCGAGCCCGAGCAGCCGCCGCCUCCGGUUGUGUCGUUUCAGAAGAUGAAGAAGAAGAGGAAGGAUUUGGCUAAGCCGUCGCUUGGGAUCAAGCGGAAGUAGCUUGCUUUUUCUUUUCUUGGCUUCGUUACUAUUUUGCGUGUUUGGUUGAUACGAUAAGAUGAUGGCGUUAUGGUGGUUAUUUCAUUCAUGUUGAUAGUAUAGCAUCACCGGUAGUUUUCUUCUAUUUAUGCUGUCCAGCGAUGGAUGAGACGGCUGUUUUUAUCU